GUCGCCCAGCAGGGGCGUUUCAACUUCGACGCCGCGGUGGGCAUCAUACGGUCGGCGCCCCUGAUAAAUUGGAUGGAGAACUUCCCCACCGAGGAUAUGAAGAAUGACCACAUCGAGGGAUAUUGUAUAUGCAAGGUGCUGGUGAAGAACUCGCCAGUCUUGCACAUCAGCGACUCGACCGUGCGGCCGCUCGGCGACACGACGCUGGUGGCGAGGGGGGGCGACCAGCCGCAGGUGCCAUCGGAUUUCACUAACAUCAUGGGGGAGAAGCUGCCCAAUAGCCUAUACUACCUCAUGCUCAACGGUAUUAUCUCCCACAAGCUGCCCCAG